AUGCAUUUUUGUGCGCGUGUUGUUGGUAAUGCUUCUCAUAAAGAUAUUAUAUCACCAUCUAAUAAAGGAAAAUCACAUCAAGAUGACCAACGAUUACAUAAUCUUUUCUAUCGUAAAUCAAAACUUGAAAGUGUUAAUGAAACAUCGGCAUUACUUAGCGGAUUUGCUAUUGUAGCUAUUGUUGAAUUAUCACUCGAUGCAUAUACAAGUCGUAAUGCUGGUGAUGCACUUCUUAUAUGUUAUGUUGUUGUUUCAUGUUUACUUGUCGGUGUUCAUUUACUUGCUUUACUUAUGUCAAUGUGUAUAUUACCUGAAUUAAAAAGUGUUAUACGUCAAGGUGAUGUUUGGAUGAAUAGUGAAAAUAAAAAAACUUUGUCAUCAUUGGAUAUUUUUAUUGAAAUAGCAUGGGUUGUUUCAACUGGUUUAGGGCUAUUUUUAUUUAUACUUGAACUUGGCCUUAUUUUAUGGAUCAAAGUAAGUGGUUAUUCACGUACAGCGGCAAUAUCAGCAAUUGUAACACUUUGUAUUGUUGGUUGCCCGUUUAUAUUAUUCUCUGUUGGAUUCUAUAUACGUAUUGCUCGAACAAAAGUUCAUUUACAUCAAACAGAUUUAGAAAUCAUUGAACGUGGUGCUAUUGCUCGUGGUCUAUUUACUAAACAAGCUGCACCAGUCAUAGCAAUGACAAAUCUUGAAAAUAUUAUUUAA